AGGAUAAGAGUUAGAGGGGAGGCGUAACAGCAAAGGACACGUGCCAGGAGUCGAGAGGAGGCGCAGCUGUGCUCAACUCACCAGGGAAAAAAGGAGAAGGCACUCCUUAUUACUGCAGUAUCUGCCCAUUCUGCCAGAGUCCUGUAAAUCCUAGACAUAGAGACCCGUGGAGCUGACUGGACUCCGGUUGUGCCUGUGCUGAUUGUAACCUGGAAGGCCUGGUGCUGACUCGACCAAGGGUGCUGGAAACCAGCCCAAGCAGAAGCAAGCUGGUCUUUUUCAAGUAAUCGUGCAACCUCAGUUCAGAAUAUGCUCUCAGAGGUAGUGCAGACCCUAGCACUCACCUGAAGAGUCUCAGAAGAGCCACCCUUUGGAUAUGCCACAGAAUCCAAGAAAUGGUCUGGAGCAUGGAGCCGCUCCAGAAUUCCUGACAAUGGUUUGCGAUGUACUGAUGCAGUCGGAUCUGGAGUCUCCCUAAUCUUUUGGCCCGUCUCGUUAAUCUUUUGACCAAGGGCUUGCAGUAGAACACAUCAACCAAAGACGCUCUAAAGCAGCACGUGAUGAAGAGAGCUGCACUCGUCCGCCUUUACGUCUUUUGGAGUCCCGACUGUAUUUUCAUUAGUCUGUUGCGGCUGUAACAUCGAUACACUUUUUCCAUUAGCGCGAUUUGCAUAGCCUAACGAGACCGUCGCACCUGUUUCCAGCCCCAAUCUGACCACUGGGGGCAUGAGAAGCUACAACGCCUGACAGAACUCAGGCUCCUGAGGAUCUUUGAGUCUCCUGUGGAUCUGUCUUUCAUUGGCGGGUGGGGGUACAGACACUACGAAAGCAUGCGGGACUCUCCGAACGCUCAGCUCGGGGCACAAAGCGGAACUGGAUGAUCCCGGCAAGACAGAACCCCCAGAAGCCAAAUUACGUCAACAGGGAUCAAGAGACAUCCAGGAAUCUUCAGGCGGCCCAUGCAAGCACACUGACUGGCCCACGAGCCCCCUGCCAACAUUCCUUGACUUGGGUGUCCUGACCUAGGGCACCCUAAUGGGCAUUACUCAGGACGGCUGAAGAGUCUGGAUUAGCCGGGCAUACGACCGAUAUGGUAGAUAUUACAGCUGCUGGAAAAGAUGAGACAAUGAGAGUCCAAUGGCGAGCAGGAGAAACGCAGGAACCUAGAGAAGAGUUUCAAUGCUCCUACUCAGUCUAAGAUGAGGUUAUGGACGUGUGCUGCCAUCGCCUUCAUGUUCUGCGGGACGGCGCUCUUCGACAUCUUCACUAGAACUACAAUUCCCACGGGCGCCAAGCACCUCCAUUCCCGGGCUGUCCACUCUCCAGAGAGACAACUGUCACCAUCCAUAUUUCGAGCAGCUGGCCAUCAGAGAAGCCGCAGGGCGACGGACGACCUGGAGUCUAUCCUGGUGGAAUUCUCAUCGAUGUUCCAGAGCUUCACCCAGGGGGAGCUCCAGCAGGUCAUUGGGACCCUGGCGGACAGGAGGGCGGUACAGGGCCGCAGGACCAAGCGGGCCAGGAAGGGCCUGAAGCCAUGCUCCCUGCGAGAGGCGGUGGUGAGUGUCAGCGAGCUGGGCCUCGGCUACAACAGCGACGAGACGCUGCUGUUCCGCUACUGCAGCGGGCGCUGCUUCAUGCACCGCCGCAACUACGACGUGUCGCUGGAGCACAUGAAGAAGACGGGCGUGCUGGGCCUGGGCCGGCAGGACAGGGCACGGCACAGCCCCUGCUGUAGGCCAACUACCUACGAAGACGACGUCUCCUUCCUGGACAACAACAACAAGUACUACACCAUCCACCAGGUGUCGGCCCGUGAGUGCGGCUGCGUGUGAUCUCAGGGACCACUUGGACCAAUAAGAAGGCCCGAGCCACCAACAGUGGUCACCUGACCUACCCAUGGAUGACCAGGCUGGUCAACAGUAACCUCAGAGGCUGUGGGGAAGCGGAACAGGAACCCGCAUAUUCUGCCCAUCUGAAAGGCCUAAUUACUUUCAUUGCUCUUUAAACUAUUCAUUGUGAAAGAGACAAAAAGUUGGAAUAUAGUUCAUUCCCCUGAUUGGACACUUUUCCUAUUAUCUUGAUGACAUAUUACCUAUAAUUAAGAACAUGUACUUCAAUUUGAAGCUACCUACUACUAACUCAAACUGGGAGGUUGCAUGCAAAAAAAAGAUACCCAAACUGGUUUGAAGGAACGGCUUUCAGAGGUCUUUGAAUUACCUUCUACAGAUGAAAAUCUACCUCGUUUAUCACAAAAAUGCACCCAAAGCAAAAUUGAGACUCACCGUGUUCAUCUUUAGUUGCUCUUUAAAGUUUUCAGAAGUCCUUGGAGGAGCCCCCUCCAAUAUUUGGCUGAGUCGCUCCUCCUUUCAUGUGACAGAAGCAAUUUCAAAUGUUGGCUUCAAUUUCCCCUCACAGAAUCACCCAGAAAAGACACGCCAACAUGGGUCUCUGUGAGCACAAAUCCUUCGUAAAUACGACUUCAGACAAAGCGGUGAAGUUGUAUGAUGUAUAUUUAACUGAUAAGCAUUCACUCGAAUUUGGGCCAAACUGCACCAUCUACAGCUAUAAUUCAAUAUUUCUGUCAUAAAAAAUACCAACAGAUUUCAGUUUCACUUUAUAGGAUAAAAAACACAUCCUCCUUCCCUCCCAAAAAUGAAAAACAUAUCUACUUUCAUAUUUUCUACUGCUAAUGAGUAGAAUAAAAUCAUUGCAUAAAACGAGAUUAUGUUCACAUAAAGGACUAUUAUACAGUACAUUAUGUGUAUUUUAUAGAAUGCUCUACUCUAGUCACAAGCUAAUGAUUUGGGCUUUAUAAAACCUGCCUUAAUUGGCCAGUAUUUUUAGGGUAAAGUUUAAGGUUUAACAUGGUUAUGCAGUGUCCUGAUUCUCCAUCCAUCCAUUUUCCGCUGCUUAUCCGGGGUCAGGUCAAGGGGGCAGCAGUCCAAGCAGGGAUGCCCAGACCUCCCUCUCACCAGCCACCACCUCCAGGGGAAUACCAAGGUGGUACAGGCCAGCCGAGGGAUACAAUCUCCCCAGCAUGCCCUGGGUCUGCCCCGGGGCCUCCUCCUGAUUGGACAUGCCCCAGGGAGGCGUCCAGGAGGCAUCACAGACAGAUGCCUGAACCACCUCAGCUGGCUCCUUUUGAUGCGGAGGAGCAGUGGCUCUACAUUGAGCCCUUCCUGAACGUCCAAAACCCUCACCUUAUCUCACCAUAUCUUUGCCUUCCAGCUCAGCGUCCGUUUCACCACCAGAGAACAGUACAGCGUCCGCAUUACUGCCAACGCUGCACCGAUCCAUCUGUCGAGCUCCCGUUCUCUACUUCCUUCACUUGUGAACAAGACCCCGAAAUACUACAACUCCUCUGGGGGGCAGCAACUCGUCCCCAACCAGGAGGCAUCUGUGUCCCGAUUCUUUUAUAUUAUUUCAUAAUUAUACAAAGCAUUAUUGUCAUAUGUAUGCAUUACUGCUCAAUAGACAAACUUAAAAUCCCAAUUUACAUAAGUGUGAACUUGCCGUGAUUCUGUCAGCAUCACCAUUAUUUCACGAUGUGUGGAGAAAUCACAUACUGAAUUAAUCUCACACCGCAAAACAACACGGUUCAAUACAAGAAAAAGAAAACUUUACGCUGAAAUACUAACGAGCGCAUUUUGUAAUUGUUCAUAGGGAAGCUACACCGUGCUAAGCCCUACUGAAGUACCUUCAGGUCAUUAGCUACCAAGAAGGAGCAUACAGUAAUGUCUGUCCAACACUCAGAAACUAGGGCCAGUACAUGAACACUCGCUGAGAGAAAACACAGGCAAUCCUACAUACAACCGUACACAAAAUACACGAGAUUUCAAGUGAUAAGGAACUUCAAGACAAAACAGUCACAGGCAAAUGCUGAAAUCCAGCUAAAACAGAUUAAGUGUCAGUUAGAGCAUGUUUCAUUCUGAAUAAGGCAGCACUAAAUUCUGCCAUUUAGAUCAGAGAUAGGGGUGUUUAAGUUCCCUCUGUCCAGCCACUGAGCCACGUCGCAUCCCCAGCUUCCCGCCUCACCUUCCCAAACACUUUGUCUCUUUUUCAUCUCUGACUGCUAAGCGAUGCUGCUCCACCCCAUGAUGGUUUUAAUCUGGACUGUGUCCCAAACGAUUCCAGGUGAAACAACUGAUCAAGGUAUCAGAGCAGCAGAACGGCAGAGCACACCCUCAGGACUAGACACAGCAGAACCACGCGGCCCCACAAGGGCCAAAAUCCCUCCUGGGGAGCAUGGGCCCCAUGUGGACUCGACACCCGGUGUAAUAAAACCGUAACAGGGACAGCUCUCUGCUCAGAUGUGCUCAUGGCAAUUCUUACGAGCCACCCAGGCAAACGCAGCAUGCUUUGUCUACAAUAUAGGGGAAUCAUUAGCCUGAAGCUUUCUCCUGGCCCACAUUCAAAUAACUUCCAAAUGAGGACCUGAAACAGACAUGGUGCAAAGUAAUUUGUGGUGGAACUCAGCAUUAAGCUGAUAUUUGUGUCACCCGAUGCAUUUCCCAUGAAAUGCUAAUGCUCAGUCCCACUCCAUCCCUGUUUUCCUCUAGCAGGAUCACAGCUGUUUUCAGUGCAUCACCUGCCUGGUAAAUCACUUGCGGCUUUGCGCUAACUCUGCUUGUACCUUUCCCACACGAGUACUGUUACAGAGCAUGUUCAGAAUCCGUUGACGCCUGCCCUCGGACUUUCUCCACCACGCAGAGCGAAUUCACCUCCACCUUUGUUGGGUCUCCUCUGCCCAACUGCAGAAAGGUUGAUGCAAUGCAUCUUUACUGUUGAUUAUCUAUUUAUUGGAAAGUUAAGGUUUAUUUAUUCAGGUAGCACCGCUAAAAGACGGCAACUUGUUUAUUUAUUGAACUAUUGGGUGCCAAAAGUGGAGUUUACAUGUACUGUUUUGUGUAUCCUGUACUGACUGAGAAAUAAAAGCCUUUCUAGCUACAAAAA